ACGCAACCCCGUUGGCGCAGAAUGCUGAGCCCAUGUUGGGUGCUCAGUGCUCGUCGAACGGCGCUGUCUUGCGACGGGAGCAUGCCGCCGCGCCCUGCACCACCGAUCAACCGAUCUCAGAUUUUGUAAGCAGCCCCGAUCGCGUUCAUUGGUAGGAAUUGAUGGCAGGGUUGUGCUCGUUGCGUCGAGGAUCGACGCUCAGUCGUCGGUUGAUCGAUGAUCGACGUUCGAUCGGUCAUUCUUACGAUCGAUCCUUUCUGGACGAGCCAUUGCAACAAGUUUUAAUCUCAUCGAGACUUUACAAAAAUCCCAACGUUCUAUCUGCCGAUCCAGGCGAGCUCGUCCAAGAUUCGAGAGGAGGAUAAAGGUCGUCGUCUCUCGAGGGAGAAAAAAAUGACCGAGACGAUGUCGGAAGAUACUGCCGAGGUAGUGCCGAGGAGCGAGGACUCGUGCGAGGAUGCCGAAGCGCAAGGGAACUUUGGGAUGCCAGGUUGGGAAGCGGCGGUGGCCUCGCUAACUCUCGGAUUCAUCGUUUUAGCAACGGUUCUGGGCAAUUCCCUGGUAAUCCUGAGCGUUUUUACCUACAGGCCCCUGAGAAUAGUCCAAAACUUUUUCAUCGUCUCGUUGGCGGUCGCUGAUUUGGCCUUGGCGAUCCUCGUAAUGCCGUUCAACCUAGCUUACCUCCUCCUCGGCAAAUGGAUUUUCGGCAUACACUUUUGCAAGCUCUGGUUGACCUGCGACGUUCUAUGCUGCACCGCGAGCAUUCUGAAUCUCUGCGCGAUAGCUCUGGACCGUUAUUGGGCUAUUACCGAUCCAAUAAAUUACGCGCAAAAGCGCACGCUCAAGAGAGUCCUCGGGACGAUAGCCGGGGUUUGGGUGUUAUCCGGGGCGAUUAGUUCGCCGCCUUUAGCGGGAUGGAACGAUUGGCCGGAACAAUUGGAGGACGACACGCCCUGCCAAUUGACCAGGAGGCAGGGCUACGUUAUUUAUUCGGCGCUGGGCUCCUUCUUCAUCCCGUUAUUUCUCAUGAGUCUCGUUUACCUAGAAAUUUUCCUCGCUACGAGAAAAAGAUUGAGGGACCGCGCUCGGCAAAGCCGGCUCGGGGCUGUGCAAUCGACGAGGCACCGAGAGGCCGAAGACGCCGAAUCCGUCAGUUCGGAAACGAAUCACAACGAGAGGUCGACGACGAUGCCUAGAACGCACGCCAAGCCCUCGCUGAUCGUCGACGACGACGACGACGACGAACCAACCGAGGUCACGACCGGCGGAGGUGGGGGCCACCCCCCGGCAGCCACCACCACCAGUGGAACCGGAAAUUCUAGACGAGCUGCUUCCGGUAGCGGUCCUCCCCAAAAUCCUCCGACCACUACCACGGUCUAUCAAUUCAUCGAGGAACGCCAGAGAAUCUCUCUCUCGAAGGAGAGACGCGCGGCGAGAACGCUUGGCGUCAUCAUGGGCGUAUUCGUAGUUUGUUGGCUACCCUUCUUCCUCAUGUACGUCAUCGUUCCUUUUUGCCCGGCUUGCUGUCCCUCCAUCAGGCUUUCCUACAUCAUCACGUGGCUGGGUUACUUGAAUAGCGCCCUUAAUCCCCUCAUCUAUACCAUAUUCAAUCUCGACUACAGGCGAGCUUUUCGAAGGCUCCUGCGCAUUCGCUGAUCCUUUCCUUUCACUCAACUAAUUUCUUUUUUAUUUACCUAUUUCUUUUUCCCAAAAUCAAAACCGACCAAUCGAGAGAACGUAUCUCAGCGAUAUCGAGGUAACGAGUUUCCUUUAACCAGUUCUUAACUGCGUAACACUUUUUUUACAUUAUUACAAACUAAAUCAAAUAAUAUGUUUCCCGUUAUAUUACCGAUGAGACUGCAUUUCUUCGUUAGCUGUUCCUAUACGAGUUUCAUUAUUUUUUCACACUUUUUCUCUUUUUAAUAACUAAUAAACUUUUUUCAAAGAUGAAUUUUGCAUAAAUUAAGAAAGAGAGAGCGAGAGAAAAAGUCUCGCCGACUAAAACAUAUAUUCCAAAAAAUAUCGACAAAGUUGCGAGAGAGAAGCGUUCAGAAGAGUGUCUUCUUCUAAACGUUGAUAUUUUACAUUAGUUUCAGACGAAUCAUUGUUCGAACGAGUAGAAAAAUAAUUCAUUUCCUAUAGAUGGGGGGGGGAGAUAUCUUUCGUGUUAAUCCGUUUUUCAAACAAAAUACGAAACAAGGAUAAUCGGAUCGUGCUCGUUUCGAUCAUUUCUUUUUAUUCUUCUAUCAAAACUUAACAUCGAAAGUCCAUCGGCCAUGAUAUCGGCCAUGAUAUCGGCCAUGAUAUCGGUCUAAUAAAAGCAAACGGGCUAGCAGGAGGAAGAGGAACAAGAACAGUCCUGCUUAAAAUUUCAUUCUUUACUUGUUCAUUCGUAUUUAACGAAUAACGCGAAUGACCGUGGUUAAUAAUUAAUCCCUUCAUUCUCGUAUUGGUCAAUUUUGAAGUUUUCGAGUCAUUCUAUUGUAGACUUCUUUCGUAAUUGAAAAGUAACAACAAAAUAGUAGAGACUAUUGAAUCUGUGGAAAAAGUUAGACUCUCUCUCUCUCUCUCUCUCUCUCUCUCUCUCGCAGAAAUAAAGAAAAUACUAAAUUCGAGAAAACUGAAGCAGUAUAUUUCGCGAAAAAUUCGUUAGUUUGCAAUAGUUUCUCGAUUGGAAAUUCAAACAACUUUACGUACAUACGUGAAUAUUAUUAUAUGGUAGAGAAACAAGGAAUAAUGGGUGGUUCGAGACGAUUAUCGCGAGAAAAAUUAAGAAUAAAAACGAAGAGAUGCGGUGAAUUUUUGUGAUGACCAAAAAUGUCGAAAAGAUGAUGAGGAAAAACAAAGUUGCCGUAUCGAUUUAUGCAAAAUUCGUUUGGCAAUCGACUUGCGUGUAAAGAUAAUUUUACGUAAAUUGAGUUUGGUCAAAUAAAACUAGAGUAUAAUCUAGAUAGAUAAAGUUUAACAAUCUUCUAAUACGCAAUAAGACGAGUAUGUUUGGAUAAAGGAAGUGUUCGCGAUCGGUGAAAAUUCGCUUUUUUAAAUGGUACCAACAAAUGGAAAAGAUAUUUUCAUCUUAAAACGUAGAAACGUUGGAACGUAGUAGAAUCGUUCCUUUCUUUCUGCGCCCAAGAAGAGAAUAGUUCUCUUGGGGAAUGUUGAGAAAAUAACUGGGAAGGAUUCUCAGGGAAAUCGAUUCCGAGAGAAGAGAUUUUCCAGUAGGACGAUUUCGUUGACUUUUAGUAGCUUUCUUAUUAAACAAAGUAGGAUUGAACGAACAGAAAUAAGAACGUCUCAUACCGAUGGAUUUUAUCGUCUAUCGCGUGCUGUUUUACAUUUUUUGUUCCCUUUGCCAAAGAAUCAACAGAUCAAACGAAUUAACCUCUUUAAUAAUGGAGACAAAAACUUUUCUUGGUUCUUGUUAAAUGGAACGUUCAUUCGAUAUUCGUAUUUAACUAUUCGCUUUAAGCUGCCAGAUCGAUCAUAAUGAAAUAUUAACGAGAAACUGUGGUAGACAUUUGGUACGAUUGUGAUACGAAAUCGUGACAAUUUAUUCAACCAAUAGGACAGUUGCAUUAAGUCAAAUUUGAAAGAAGAAGGAAAAAGACGAAAAAGACAAAUUUUAAAUAAAUACAUCAUUUUUGAUCGAUCGCAUAUUUAUACAUAUUAUCAUUAUACAUAACUGUGUCGAUAAUUAUGACAGUUAUGGUUUACUUACAAUUAGUGUCAAAACAAGUCAAUUAAAUUAAUAUUACGAUUUAUUUUAUAUUCACAUUAUUCGUAUCACAAAAUAAAUCAUAAAAUGAAACAUUUUUUUAACUUACAAUUAGUCCGCUGUCAUAAUUACCGUAACAAUUACGUAAAACUUUUAAAGCCAUGCGUUUCAAGUUUUCUUCCUCGUUGUCAGAAUGGAAGAGUGAAAAGUGUUCUUACAUUUAUUCGAAUUACUUACUUAGCUUAUUCUCUCUUUGUUUUUUUUUUUAACGUUAUCUACGCGUUGCAUUAACUCGACGAUAAUUUACUAGAGAAAUGAAAAGAACAAAUGCAAUUAAACUCGUAAUCGAUUUCGACGAAUAUCCUUCUCUUCCCCCAAGGGAACGAUCAUCUUUUUAUCAUCAAAAGGAAAAGAUAAUCGAUCGAAUAAGUUUCGUUAAUAAUUAGCCACAAUAGGAAGAGUCCUGUGUAUUUUAGAUAAAACCGAUAGAAGGUAUAUUAUAUUUAUCGUUCGUAAAACACGAUUAUGGUUGUGAGUAUCGAUAUAACGAAAACUUAAUUAAAAGUAUCUAAGCGAAAUGAAAGAAGGAAAGAAAAAAAAACAAAGAAAAACAUAAAAAAGAAAAAGAAACGUCAUGGAGGACGACCAAUGCUUCAAAAAUACAAAUAGAUCUACAAAGUAAAACGAAGGUAAAGAUCCAAGGGUUGUGCUAUUAGCCUGUAAUACGACAUACGUAACAUAUAAGAUUAUUUAUGAAAAUUGUUUUCGGGCUCGUAUACAUAACACGAAUACAUAAAUACAUAUAUAUACACGUCACAAUAUGCGCGUUCGUACAAAAAUGUAUAAAUGCGUUUGUAAACGCAAAUACAAGCGCAUUAAAAAUGUGCGAACAGAGCGUGGUACUCCACUCUCCAUUUUCUCGUCGCGUGUCAUUGUCAAGAAAUAAUUUGUCGAAUCGCAUUUACAGCCGAGCAUAGUGGGUUGUCUCAGUGUUGGAGUGCAUUUAUUGUGCACAAAAAGUCCCCUACAUUAUAGAUUUGACAAAAAUUAACUAAAAACAAUUUUGAAUCUUCUUCGUUAUAUUAUAUCAUAUAUAAAUAUAAUAAUAAUAAUAAUUUCAACAUAAUUCUUACUGCAAUACGAAUAGAAACGAUAAAAGAUGAAACAACAAAAUGCGUAGAAAGUGAAAAUCUGAAACUGCAACAUUGACGCAACUCUUGCCACGAGUCAUUUGUGUCUACGGGUGUACGUAUUCAUUUUUUCCAAAGAGAAAAAUAUGUAAGAAAGACGAGAGAGUACUUAUCUCUUGACUCGAGGAUUCGUUGAGAAUUCGAUUCGACGUAAAAGCGGAACACACGUAUAUAUAUAUAUAUAUAUAUAUAUAUGCAUAGGGAAAUAGGAACGUAUGUUGUAUCGUGCGACUAUAAAAAAAAAAUCGAA